AAUCUUCUGAGAUUCAACUUGCUCCAUUUCACUGUCUUAAAUUCAGCAUUAAAAAUUGGUGUAAAAAGGGGAGGGUUACUUCAGGUCACAGACAUUAGCAAUAGAUUGUGGUGUCCAACACCCAGCCAAUCCCGGUACGUUUUCUUAGUCACGUGACGUGGCACCCGCACUGAAGGAAAACCAGCAUCUCGGAGGUGGUCAUGUAAGCUAACACUAACUGACUGGAACUUUUUCUGGGUCAUAUUUUUGAUAGACUCCGUGAUCAUUUGGAGCAUGUUCUUCAGCAUGUGCCACUGGAUCUGGACUACCUAGAUUUCAUCUGCCCUCUAGAGCUUGUUUUUUUUAAAUGCCUUGUCUUGUCAAGUAACUGUUCCUUGAGAAAUUUUGGAUGCAGUGGGUCAUUACUAGUUUUGUGUUAAUGAUUUCCACAUCUAAUAUGUAUAUAAUUUGUUAUCUGAGAAAAUUAGAAGAUCGAAUUAUUGUUUCUAAAUGUUCACAACAUAAUGGUUUCAUUAAAACAAUGCCGCUUCAUGUAGAUGGAAAACUCUGAAACAGCAUAAAUGCAGAUAUGUCAGGGUGCAGGUCUCCCUUCUGCACCAUGGACAGUUCGAGAUCCUUCCACCAUCCACUCUGCCCUACUUCACUCCAUGCUGGAUCAGAUUCACCUGCUGCAAUAAUCAAGUCCGGACUCAAUACACCUGCCAGCUCUCCUUUAUAAGCCCUCUUCAGUUUGCUCCUCGUCGCUGGGUCAUCUGCAUUCUCACCUUGUUGCCUGCCUGAGUUUCACACGUCAACUAGCCUGUGUUUUCUGCAUCUUCCUGCCUGAGAUCCCUACCUCAGACUCCGUGCUCAGCCGACUACCUGCUCCAGCUCUGCCGCGUCUCCACCCUCAGCCAUCUCCACCACCACUCGUCUGUUCCAGUCCGGUACAGUCUUUGGUCACCGUCUCCAUUACUCAAAUUCUUCAAUAAAGCUCCUUAAACGUAGCUCUGUGUGUGGUGGUGUUCGGGUUCAUCAGAACAAAUCCUGACAGCAUGACCCAGCCAAAGUUGAACCCGAUGCCCACACAGAGCUCUCAUGGUGAGCUCGUCUUACGAGACGCAGCGGAACGUUUUUGGAUUCAGCUCCAGGAAAAUUUGAGGACCUUACCUACUCUCAGCCCACCCAAGAAACGGAUAGAGGAGGUUAAACGCGUGCGGGGCUGCUUGGAAAACCAGAUGGGGCUUCUGUCGCUCCUCGGAGUGUCUGGGCUGUUUGAGGAGCUAGAAUGGAACAUCAAAGCAGCGCUUGCCCAGCUCCUCGGCAAAUUACCACCACCCACACCUCCGCCAACCAGUCUGUCCACCUCACCUGCUGCCUUUGCCGCCGCUGCCGCCGCUGUUUCAUCCGCAGCCGCCGCUAAAGAUUCAGCUUCAGCGCUUGUCUUUGCUGCGGCUCCCGCUGCUCCUGCAACUUCUGCCGCUGCUGUCUCUGCUGCAGCUCCCGAUACCUCACCGUCAACAGCUGUUUCUACAUCGCUGCCCGGCUCCUCCCGGCGCAGACGCCGGACUCGGCGGCAUGUGAAAUCUCCCGAGGCGAAGCCUGACAUUCCCGCUGAAGCCGCACCAACUGCAGCCGACGUCACCUCCCUUUCCCUGGUGAGUCGGCCGGGCGCAGAUGCUGCCGCUCAGGAGAGUCUGGCUAGAGCACCCUGCCUUCAUGAAGAUCAGCUGUGGGAUUUUUUCUACGGGGACAGGGAUGACCUUCUCCCAUGUUGGUCUGCCCCUGACAAGACCCGCACAGUCUACGAGGCCGGGGUGCACACCGCCUUGCCAGCCAUUGCAGAGGUUCCUACCGCACACGCCACGGCCCAAGCCUGCGUGGGUGUGCGCAAGUCCUCUCUGCCGGCCGUCUCCAAGCUCCCAGCGCAGCCGGCUGAAGAAAGCUCAGUCCCGCCGAACGACGUUGAAGUUCUGGCCGCACACGCCACGGCCCAAGCCUGCGUGGGUGUGCGCCUAUCCGUUCUGUCGAUCAACAAAGUCUCCGCUCUGCCCGAAAGCUCCGCCCUGCCGGCCGCCGAAAGCUCGGCUCUGCCGACUUUAGCUGAGGCUCCUGCUCAGCUGAUCUCAGAGGUUUCAGCUGCACACGCCACGGGCCAAGCCUGCGUGGGUGUGUUUAUUCCAGCUCCGCCGUCCGUCUCCGAGCUCCCAGCUCCGCCAUCCGUCUCCAAGCUCCCAGUUCCGCCAUCCGUCUCCAAGCUCCAGGCUCUGCCGGCCGAAGCAAGCGCAGCCCCGCCGGCCGCCGAGAAAAAAGACCCGCCAGCCGCCGAGAAAAAAGACCCGCCGGCCGCCGAGAAAAAAGACCCGCUGGCCGCCGAGAAGAAAGACCCGCCGGCCGCCGAGAAGAAAGAUCAGCCCGAGGCCAUCUGAUGAUGCUGCUCUGCCUCAGCCCGAGGCCUCCGUGGGUGCGCACUUCUCGCCGCUGCCGGUCUUCGCUGACUUCCUGCCGGUCGAUGAGAGAAAGGAGCUGCCGGCCGUCGAGAGAAAGGAGCCACCUCAAGCUGAAGUCCUGCAGUCCCGCGAGGGGGUCCAGGUGGACCCGCCUCCAGU